AUGCACUUCAAAACGGGAUUCGUUGUGGACGCCGAAUAUGACGCUGGUUCCGCGCUCAGCGCUGCGAUCAGCCGUGGGCAUAUAGAGGUUGUACGAGCAUUAAUUGAUCACGGGCUCAACUGGGGAUCGAUUGCUAGGAUUCACGAAGAAGGCUAUCUGGAGCCAGAAGUCCCAGGAACCGACCAUCAGUAUACUGACCCUGUCAAGCUCGCGCUGUCACUCGGCGCCAAAAUAGUAUCUCCGACUACCAAGGCAAUAGUACGGGAGCUUAAAAAUGCGGCAUUUGAGAGCUCCGGCUAUGCCAACAACCUUACAUCCCCAGCGACCCCGGUGGAUCAAGUCUUCACGGCCACUAAGGUUCAGGUUGGUGAUGACACUAGGGUGAGUUGGAAGCAGUUGCCCGUAUCGGAACUUUUACAAAACCAUAAAAUCUUGGACGGAGAUGAUAAAAUCACUUGGAUACACCUCUCGGCGAAUAAUGUGAGUCAAUUCCCGGUACCCCUGACAACGUGA